CGAGGAUUUUAUCAAUGGGACGGAAGUUUCAUCUCUUUUGGACUGCAUUCGUCUGACAGCAGGACCUUUGCAUGCUCUUGAUGCUGCAACACGUCCUGCAUGGGCUGCUCCGGUUUCUGCAGUUUCUGGUGCGGCUUCAUCUAUCCUGACACUAUCAAGAGCAAAUGUUAAUGGGCAAAUGCCAAAUGGUACAAACCCAAAUGUUGGUCAUGUCUAUGGUCCCGGUACGGGUCCUGGUGGAAACCCUGGUGCAUCUGCCAUGUUAACUGCUUCUACUGUGGCUAGCGGAGGUGGCAUGGGAAUCGUUCCUAGUACUCUGUUACCGAUUGAUGUGUCGUUUGUUCUUCGUGGCCCGUAUUGGAUUCGGAUAAUAUACCGGAAAUAUUUUGCGGUUAACAUGAGGUGCUUUGCGGGUGAUCAAGUUUGGUUGCAACCUGCAACGCCACCGAAAGGCGGUCCUACAGUUGGAGGUUCUUUACCCUGUCCACAGUUUCGGCCCUUCAUCAUGGAACAUGUUGCUCAGGAGUUGAACGGUUUAGACCCGAAUUUCGAUGGUGGUCAACCAUCAGCCGGACCAACUAAUUCCAACAAUUCGGCUGCGUCUCCUGGUCCGCAACUCUCAGCCCCAAAUGUCACCCGAGCAGGCCCUACGGUAAUGUCUCUCCCAGGAAACCAACCCGUGGGAUUUAACCGUUCUACAAAUGCCAUGUCAGCAUCACCAAAUUCACUCUUAGUGCGCAGAGCUACUGUGACAGUUCCUGCUCAUGUUAGAGGAGAGCUGAAUACCGCCAUUAUCGGGCUUGGGGACAAUGGUGGUUACGGUGGUGGUUGGUCCAUCUGCUGAUAAUACACUUGACAGUCACAAUACACCUACAAAUACAGAACAUCAAGAGUUGCAAUUCAUUCGAUUUGUGACUAAAGGAACAAUUACGACUUCUACACCUAAUAGCACACCAUAUUGGAUACCCGAUGUUGAUGCUGCAUACAUCCCUAUUAUAAACAGUACGUUUAACAGUUGGGAGUACGUUGAAUCCAAUGAUACUGAUGAAGAUGUUGAUGAUGAUGCUAAAGACCCUGCAUAUAUAUAUAUGAACCUGAGUAACCUCGUAGACAUUCAUCCAGGCGUCAUAAAACAUUCAACGAUUCUUGAUUAUCCUAUAUAUAAUGACAAAUAGUUUCUAAUCAUUAUUCUUUUUGUUUACAAACAUUUUGCACUGUCUGUAUACGUAUUCAUAUGUUAUGAUUGUGAUCAUGAUACUUUGAUAUCAAUUAAAUUACUUA